GAGAUAAAACCAAAAAAAAAAAAAAAACCCUACAGUUUUACCUUCUAAUUUAUCCUUAAAGGACUCAUCCGAAAACUAUAUGCACGCAAUUGAUAAGGGAAAAAAGAGUUUAGGAUUUAGUUUACAAUGGCAACAGACUUCAAGGGGCCUGGUGAAGGGCGAUUUCAAGGUUUAGAAGUCGUCUGGGAAGUAAGGGACCAAUUUGUGGAGGUUAGGAAUGGAAAGGGGGUGGCCGUACUGUACUUGGAUACUGCGAUGGCUACUGGAGGUGGCACCACUAAGGCAGCGGAGUGGUAGUCUGUUGGAGGCUUUCCCUUUCGGUGCACGGUUGGAAGUUGAAGAUGUGAAUUGGGAUAUCUGCACUGGAAGUCCCUUAGCUUUAGUAAAGUUUUAAGCUUAGU